ACUGAGAACUUUAUUGAUGCCAUUAAGACAAUACAGAUACCGGACGACCACAAACUAGUGUCCUUUGACUCGAAAUCACUGUUCACUAGUAUUCCACUUCAACUGGCUCUAGACUGUACUGAGAACGCUACAAAUAACUCUACUGUUGAGUUACCACUACCUACAGACGACAUUAUGGACCUACUUAACCUCUGUUUGACUUCGACGUACUUUUAGUAAAACAGCAAAUACUUCAAACAGUUACACGGUACAGCUAUGGGCUCUCCAGUUUCUGUUGUUAUAGCAGAAAUUGUCCUGCAAAACAUCGAGGAACAAGCCCUAGCUACCUACACGCGAACUGUACCUCUUUGGUUACGUUACGUUGACGACACAUUCACUGCCCUGCACAAAGACGGAGUCGACGAUUGUCACGAACACCUUAACAGACAGAACGCAGACAUACAGUUCACCAAGGAGAUGGAAGAAAAUGGUAAGAUACCUUUCCUAGACUGCUUGGUCACUCGCGACAACAACAAACUAAAAACGACUAUUUACAGAAAACUGACACAUACCGACCGAUUACCAGACCAGUCUUCGUACAACCCGACCUCUCACAAGGCUAUUACUAUCCGGACUCUGACGAGACGAGCGCAACUAGUUUGCGACUCACCUUACAGCCUACAAGAAGAGACUGAUUAUCUCAAACAAUUACAACUCGGACUUUGUUAGACGGAACACUCACAGUAACACUGAUUCCAACACUCAGGCCAACCCUGGCCCUGUUACGACAGCGACUAUACCGUACAUCAGGGGCACCUCUGAAACUAUUGCACGUAUAUUACAACCUUACAAUAUACGUGUUGCACACAAACCCGAUAACCACUUUACGGACAGACAGGGAGCAGUAUACAAGAUCAAAUGCUGCGAAUGCCAGCCUUCUUACAUUGGUGAAACCGUCAGAAACCUAAGCACGCGACUGACCAAACACAAAGGAGCGACGAGGAAUGGUGACGUCAACAAUCACAUUGUUGAGCACCAUUUACAGACGAAACAUCAAAUUUACUGGGAC